GAAAUGAAGCUGUUCCUGCCCCUCACAGGGUUCCUGAUGGCAUUGAUCCUGCCCCCAUUGUUAGUGGACACCUUCCCUGCCAACGCUGGCGAGGUAGACAGCUCUAUGGUGCAGAGCAGCAUGGAGGAAGCCAAGAAAUUGGUGGACAAAGCUUACAAGGAGAAACGAGAAAGAAUUAAGCAGAAAAUGAGGAGCGGCACAGCAAGUGCCAGGGACCUCAUGUCCUUUUUCAAGCAGCCAGUGGCAGGGACCCGGAUAGCUUCUAGAGCCGCCGAUUACCUGCACGUAGCCUUGAAUCUCCUGGAGAAGAAACUUCAGCCCCGGCACCGGCGCCGGGGACCCUUCAACAUCACAGAUGUGCUGACCCCUCCCCAGCUGGAGUUCCUGUCCAAAGCCAGUGGCUGUGCCUACCAGGAUGUAGGAGUCAAAUGUGAGAAUAAGGACAAGUACCGGACUAUCACAGGAGAAUGCAACAACAGGAGGAGACCCACCUUAGGAGCAUCUAACAGGGCCUUUGUACGCUGGUUGCCUGCUGAAUAUGAGGAUGGGGUCUCUCUCCCCUUUGGGUGGACAAGGGGGACAAAGAGAAAUGGCUUCCCCGUUCCUCUGGCCCGAGAAGUCUCCAACCAAAUUGUCCGUUUUCCCAAUGAGAAGCUGACACAAGACCAGGAAAGGGCUCUCAUGUUCAUGCAGUGGGGUCAGUUCAUUGACCAUGAUUUGGAUCUCACCCCUGAGCCUGCCUUGACUGAGAACUGUGAACACACCUGUGAACAGCAACCAUCCUGCUUCCCCCUCAAGAUCCCACCCAAUGACCCCCGGAUCCACAACAGGAGCGACUGCAUCCCCUUCUUUCGUUCGUGCCCGGCCUGUACAGAAGGCAACAUCACCAUCCGCAACCAGAUCAACUCCCUCACUUCCUUCCUGGAUGCCAGCAUGGUGUAUGGCAGUGAGGAUCUCCUGGCUCAGCGCCUCCGGGACAAUUCCAACCAACAAGGACUCUUGGCUGUGAACGAUAAACACAAGGAUAAUGGACGGGCCCUCCUGCCCUUUGACAUGCUCCAUGAGGACCCUUGUCUGCUCACCAACCGUUCUGCUAACAUCAAGUGUUUCUUGGCAGGAGACAGCAGGUCCAGUGAAAUGCCUGAGCUGACAUCCAUGCACACCCUCUUUCUUCGGGAGCACAACCGGUUGGCUACAUUGCUGAAGCGUUUGAACCCCCAGUGGAAUGGGGAGACGCUGUACCAGGAAGCACGGAAGAUUGUUGGGGCUCUCAUCCAGAUCAUCACCUACCGAGACUAUCUCCCCCUGGUACUGGGGCCAGCGGCCCUGAAGAAAUACUUGCCUACUUAUCGGGGCUACAAUGAGUCGGUGGAUCCACGUAUUGCCAAUGUCUUCACCAAUGCCUUCCGCUAUGGCCACACCCUCAUCCAGCCCUUUAUGUUCCGCCUGAAUGCUCAGUACCGUCCUGCUGGGCCCAACCCUAGAGUCCCACUUAGUGAAGUCUUCUUUGCCAGCUGGAGGGUGGUGAAGGAAGGGGGCAUUGACCCAAUUCUCCGAGGCCUCAUGGCCACCCCAGCCAAACUGAACAGACAGAAUCAAAUUGUGGUGGAUGAAAUCCGGGAUAAGUUAUUUAAACAGGUCAUGAGGAUUGGCCUGGACUUACCUGCUCUCAACAUGCAACGUAGCAGAGACCAUGGCCUCCCAGGGUACAAUGCCUGGAGACGGUUUUGUGGGCUCCCUCAACCCAAAACAGAAGGUGAGCUUACCACAGUGCUGAAGAACGCUGAUCUGGCCAAGAAAUUGAUGACUCAGUAUGGCACUGCUGACAACAUUGACAUCUGGAUGGGGGGCGUGGCAGAACCCCUGGAGCCCAGGGGCAGGGUGGGGCCCCUCCUGGCCUGUCUCAUCGGGACCCAGUUCAAAAAACUCCGAGAUGGAGACCGGUUUUAUUGGGAGAGUGCGGGGGUGUUCAGCUCACAACAGCGCCGGGCACUGGCCACCAUUAGCCUCUCCCGCGUCAUCUGUGACAACACGGGCAUCACCUCGGUGCCUAAGAAUAUCUUCAAGGCCAAUCAAUAUCCCAGAGAUUUUGUCAACUGCAACAUGAUUCCUCGGAUGGACCUGUCGGCGUGGAGAAACAAGGCGGACUAGUUGGGCAGGAAUCUGUCCUGAGCCUCCUCCCAUUAGGGAAUCAAGGAGAUCUAAGAGGGAAUCUCCUGACUCUAGCUGAAAUCAUCAGGCAUCACAUCCUGAUCAGGCUAAGGCUCCAGGACCCAAGACCAGAGAAGGAUUUGGCAAGUGGUUUCCCUGGCCGUUAGGAAGGGAAGUUAUUUUCCUCCUUUGACCUGAAUGUCCAAGCUGAAAUUGUCCCAGGUCUGCAGCCUGCUCAGGGGGCAAUUCUUCCUCUUGAACUAAGAAGCAAGGGUCUCUGUCAGGAAUGGGAACCUGGGCCAACUUCUCUCAUGACUGAGAUACACCAUCUGCUUCUGUUGUCAAUAAAGUACUUCUGAAAGGA